AUGGCCACUGCAUCAGUAUCCACCCCCAUCAAAUCCCACAAGGGUCUCUUUUCUUCCCGCACCGCCGGCGGUCGCAUGCCUCUUACACCUUCGCCACGUCAGCAUUCCACCACCUCGGUGUCGGUGAACCUGAACUCUUCCCCCUUCACUCCUGAGAAGCAGUCUGGCAGCGACGCAUACCGCGCAUCUAGCAAGUCAACCUACGGCGGCAACCUCACCGCGCACUUGGCUAGAUCCACCACCACCAAGUCGUCUCACCGCGACUCUCCCAAGUCCAACAUUGCCAGAGGCGUUUCAACUCCUCGCAGAGCCCUCGAGCUUGGCCUGUCCGAUUUUGCUUUGACCAGCUCUGGAACCUCCAAGACCCCUUCCAGCGCCAAGGCCAAGAAGAGCUCUCACAGACAAAAGGUCAGCAAGACGACUGUGAACUAUGGCGGUGACCGCUUCAUUCCCAACCGUAGCGCCAGCUCUGCUAUUUCCAACGCCGGCAGCAGCAAGCUUGACCGACCCGACAAGCGCUCAAAGGCCAGCGUGAGCGAAGCAUCCAAUGUGCUCUCAUCCGCAACGGAUGACGCCAUCGCUGCCCUCGAGGGUCUCAACAUUGAGGACGAGGAGCCUUCGACUUACUCUCGUCCUUCUCCCAACACCGUUGCGUACCAAGAUUCUCUUGCGAACGCUUGCGGAGUCGACCUCAACACCCGUAUUCUGCAAUUCAAGCCUGCGCCUCCCGAAUCUUCCAAGCCCAUCGACCUCCGCCAGCAGUACAACCGCCCUCUGAAGCCUGCGAGCGCCACGUCAGCCCAAUUCCGCCGUCGCGUUGCCACUGCCCCUGAGCGUGUCCUUGAUGCUCCUGGUCUGAUUGACGACUAUUACCUCAACCUUCUCGACUGGAGCUCUGGCAACCAGGUUGCCAUCGGCCUCGAACGCAACGUCUACGUCUGGUCCGCCGAUGAGGGAAGCGUCAGCUGCCUCCUUGAGACAAGCCCCGACACGUACGUCAGCAGUGUUAAGUGGUCUGGUGACGGCGCGUAUGUCGGUGUCGGUCUUGGCACUGGUGAGGUUCAGAUUUGGGACGUGGCCGAGGCCCAGAAGGUCCGCAGCAUGUUUGGUCACGACACCCGUGUUGGUGUUAUGGGCUGGAACAAGCACCUUCUGUCAACUGGUGCUCGCAGCGGACUGGUUUUCAACCACGAUGUCCGCAUUGCGGAGCACAAGGUGGCAGAGCUGGUCUCCCACACCUCAGAAGUCUGCGGUCUGGAGUGGCGGUCGGAUGGCGCCCAACUGGCUACCGGAGGCAACGACAACCUCGUCUCUAUCUGGGACGCUCGCUCGCUCUCUGUUCCCAAGUUCACCAAGACCAACCACAAGGCUGCUGUCAAGGCCCUCGCGUGGUGCCCCUGGAACAUGAAUCUCCUGGCUACAGGUGGUGGCUCUUAUGAUCGCCACAUCCACUUCUGGAACUCAACUUCUGGUGCUCGCGUCAACAGCAUCGACACUGGCUCUCAGGUCACCAGCCUGCGGUGGAGCCCUCACUACCGUGAGAUUGUCAGCUCUAGUGGCUUCCCCGACAACUCCCUGAGCAUCUGGAGCUACCCUACGUUGGUUCGCAAUGUCGAGAUCCCCGCACACGAGAGCAGAGUCUUGCACAGCUGCCUCAGCCCUGACGGUCAGAUGCUAGCUACCGCAGCUGCUGAUGAGAGUCUGAAGUUCUGGAAGGUCUUCGAGAAGAAGGCUGGUGCCAGUGCCGGUGUUGGCAGCAGCACGUCUUCGGCCAAAGCGGACAUGGUCAAGCAGAUGACCAUCCGGUAA